CCCCACCAAGAGCCGGGCCCUGCAGAAGGUGAAGUCCCCGGGCACCGUGCGCCGCCUCUCCAUGAAGAUGAAGAAGCUUCCAGAGCUCCGGAGGAAGCUGAGCCUCCGGAAUGCCCGUUCCCGAGGCCAUGAGGAGGGAGCAUCCCCCUCGGAGAGGAAGGAAUCCAGCAACGUCAUCAGCCGCUACCACUUGGACACCAGCGUGGCCUCGCCACGGGCCAAAGCCACCACCAGAGGUGGCUACUUGAGUGAUGGAGACUCUCCAGAGCUUCCCGUGAAGGCCAAACCACGUUGUGAUCCAGAAGAGGUGGAUCUGGGCUUGGAUGUGGGCUCUUUCCACCCUUACAGCAGCGGGGAGAUGCCACCACGCUGCGGGCAGCGCAUCUCAGGCUUGGUGAGCGUCCACCUCCAUGGUGUGAAGGACCUGAAGCCACCCCGAGGCGACGGGCGGGAGGUCUUCUGCGUCUUGCAGGUGGACGCGGCCAAGCGGGCCCGCACGGCGCUGUUGUCCUGCAAGACGGGCUCCCUGGGGCUCAACCACACCUUCAACCUGGAGCUGGAGGGUGCCCAGCACCUCAAGGUGAUGGUGUUCUCCUGGGAUGCCACCUCCUGCCGCAACCGGCUCUGCUGCCACGGCACCGUGGUGCUGCCACACAUCUUCCGAGGGUGCCGUGCGCAGCAGUUGGCUGUGAGGUUGCAACCACGGGGUGUCCUCUACUCCAAGUUCACCUUGGUGGAGCGAUGGGAGCGUCCCAGUGAGCAGGAGCCCCGUGUCUUCGGUGUGGAGCUGGGUCAACUGGUGGAAAGGGAGAAGACGGCCACCAAGGUGCCGUUGAUCAUCCAGAAGUGUGUGGCUGAGAUAGAGAAACGUGGCCUCAAGGUGGUGGGCCUCUACCGCUUGUGCGGCUCCGCUGCCGUCAAGAAGGAGCUUCGCGACGCCUUCGAGCGCGACAGCGCGGCCGUGACCCUGUCGGAGCAGCUCUACCCCGACAUCAACGUCAUCACGGGGAUCCUGAAGGAUUUCCUGCGGGAGCUGCCCACGCCGCUCAUCACCCCCCGGCUCCACCACGUGGUGCUGGAGGCCAUGGCCAGGAGGAGGGAGCAGGACGCGGUCACCCUGCUGGAGUGUCUGCCCGACGUCGAGAAGGCCACCCUGACGCGGCUCCUGGACCACCUGAGCCUGGUGGCCUCGCACCAGCACCUGAACCGCAUGAACCCGCAGAACAUCGCCGUGUGCUUCGGGCCGGUCUAAUUUUUUUUAGCAAAGAGAUUCACCCACAGCAGCACCCACAGCCAGGACAUGGCCAGCGCCGUGGACUUCAAGAGGCACAUCGAGGUGCUGCACUACCUGCUGCAGGCCUGGCCGG